GGGGAGGGAGGGACGGAGGGAGCAGCAUUUGCUGCGCUCGAUCAUACGCUGUCAUGAUCACGGAGCAGGAUCGGAUCCAGGUCGCAGAGUAUGUCGUCGGGCAUACUGUAUGAAGGAGGGAGGGAGGGGAGGGAGGGAAGGGGGAGGAGAAUUGAGAAGGGAGAGAAUUCGGGGGCGAUGGAGGAGGCGGGGCGGGGAGGGUAAAAGCGACGAAGCGUUAAUGGCGAAGGAGGCAAGAUCGAGUGAGAGCAGGGACUGAUUGAUGGAGUGAGAGACUGAUUGAUGGAUGAUCGUGUCGAGUACGGUCCGUGGAAAGCAGAGCGGGUGGACCGCGAAGUGGCUGGACAGGAAUUUCGACGGAGCGCGAAAGUGGUUGAAGAGAAUUGUACACGAAUUUGUGACUAAUUGAUGAUUCCUGUAACAGCAGUUUGACCGCCAACAGCUACAGGAGCUUUUGAAUGUUGAACAUUUUAACAUCUCGCUCGCUUUUCUCUCCCCGGCGCUUUACCAUCACGCGUUUCCAUUUCCCUUCCCAUCGUUCGCAAUCAAAUUCCACUGAUCCAGCGUUCGAGUUCUUAUUCUUUCUUUGCGUCCACAGUAAUUAUCCAUUAUGCGUUUCCGUCAUUCCAUACCUUUCAUUCAAGAACACAAUUAUGCACCCGCGGAGCUGGUGAACAUACCACAUUCCCUUCGUUCUCAGAACAAUCAUCCUUGAUGCCAAACAUUCCCAUGAACGAGGCUCCCUACGCCCGGCCAUGGUAGUGCUCCCCUGGGAGCGCCUAGCCUUCUAGAUGUGAUCAUGAGUGAGUAAGGAGGCAUUGUUUGUGCUGUCCUUGUUCGCUGCUAUUAAUUCUUGCAGAUUCAAAGAAGAUCCACCGGAUUAAUGGAGCUUCCCGUUCGAUGUUGCAAUCUACGUUCGAAUGUCUUGUCAUCGUCUUGUCAUCGUCCAGUUCCUCCGAUGCCCUCUGACCUCCCGUGCCUUGUAGUCGAGCCCGGGAAUAAGGUUCCGCUGCGGCGGACAUAUGUGUUGAACUCUCGCUCCCCUGACUUUUUUCUGCUCAAUUUCACUUCCGACAUUGGCUUUAGAAGCGCUGUCUCAGGGACCCAAACUCCCGUGGUGCCUUCAUGGCCAGGUUAGUUCAUUUCCCGUGGGAUAAGAUUCCUUCAUCGGCUCACUCGAGAAUUGUCCGGCGACGAGUCAGCGGACUCGAUCAUUCAUCGUCGUUUCCAAAUAGAAGCUCCAGUACUUGAACCAUGAAGUGGAGCUGGUUGGGACCUCGGCACAAAGACUCUUCUAUUCUAGUGGUUCAACGAAGGAGAUGCAGUGCAGAAGAGUUUCAAUGAUGUUGACUACAAACGGGGGAUUUUGUCAUACAAACCUUAUGAUUCUUCAGCAGGAUGGCCCCAAGAACCCCCGUUGCAGUUACCUUGCAAUGUCAUGAACUCCAGGGUUUAAUUCUCAACAAAAGGUGCGUUGCGAAACAGCGGCGUUGAUGAUCUGAUUAUCUGGUUUUCCAAGCAUCCUCAUCUGGAGAACUUUUAUUCCGCUUGUCGGCAACAAAGAAGAAGCACAUGCCGAGAUUCUUGCAGAGGUGGCUUGUAUGUGAGCCCAUCACAGGAAGGUUUUGGAAGAUCUUGACUACUUUUGGGGUAAAAUGUGAUACAACGGUUUCUGUUGUUGAGGGUAGUGCGUUAGACGAUGAAGGAGAGGCAACGCUGGCAGCCUGAGGAAGAUGACCUUUUGCGAAAUUAUGUUCAGGAAUUUGGAGCGAAGGACUGGGGAAAGGUUUCAGAACGGACCGGCAAUGCAUUAGAUAGAGACGCCAAGUCAUGUAUGGAGAGAUGGAAGAACUACCUGAAACCAGGAAUUAAGAAAACACCGCUGACGCAGGAGGAAAAAAAUCUGGUCAUAAGCUUGCAGGAGAAGUACGGAAACAAGUGGAAGAAAAUAGCAGCCGAAGUUCCCGGAAGGACCGCGAAGAGACUAGGAAAGUGGUGGGAGGUUUACAAAGAAAAGGAGAAAAAGGAUAGAGAAAAAGAGUGGGGUACGCCUCUUGGAGACGAGUUAGCUGUAAAUGCUAACUACAACGAACUGUUUAAGCACAUUGCGGAAAAGUUGGACCAACGUCAAGUAGGUUCGUCUUCAUCAUCUGUUCCAGCGCCUCCUUCGUUCUUUUUGCAACAUCCUUUCACUGCUACAACAUCUCGAAUCUUAGGGAGCUCGACAAUGGAAACUGAUCCUUUUUCACCUCAAUCGUUGUAUCUUAGACAUCAAAAUCCUUUAUCUAUUGGUACCGUCAGCAGUUCGUCAUCCAUGAAUACCACGUCGUUACCUGUUGCAUCUCCAUUCAACUUCGAGACUGAAGAAGCCAGACUGAUCGAAUCAGGUUCGAGUGCCCGACCUCAACCCACAUCUGUUGAUAACCCCAUUGGCCCUUCCUUUUCCCUUGUCCCUGCUCAUGUUCAGUCAAGAAGCAGAGAGGCCUCGUCGCUUCCUCCUUGGAUGUCAACGUUACCUUCAACUUCUGGAUCAGGAAAGGUGUUUCCGAAUCUUGGAGUCUCUCAGGAAACUACGUAUGUAGGUAGAUCUCGUCUGCGAUCCGAGUUUUCUGCAGACCGAUCUCGCCAUCUUUCUGUUGGCCUGUCCCUAGCGUCUUCUCCUUCUCCCCGAGAUGGUGUGGAUGUAAGCAGUCCAAAUUGGUCGCAUAAUACUGAGGGAUUGACGAGCAAAACAAGGUUGAGUGUGGGAGAAGAACCGUUUCCAGGGCAUAGAACAUCUUGGUAUCAUGUUCAACAUCCGACAGGUGAAUCAUCAGGAGGGCUGAUGGACGAGGUGAGGAUCCGAAAUGUCAGACCAAACCCAAAAAGUUUAGAAGAUCUGAUAGAAUACUGGAAAGAUCUGGACGACAAGAGUAAAAUCUGGUCAGCUCAAAGAAAGGAGGAAUCUUGGAGAAUCAAGAGGUUGAAACGGCAAAUGGUUGAGGAGAAACUUGCCAAAGGUCGUAAGAAAGCGGAGGAGGUUGAUUCUCAGACGCAAGCUUUAAGGUUGGAAGAGAGAAAGUACAUGGAAGAUCUCGAACUUGAAUAUUGGGAAAAGGUGGAGAUGAUAGAGCGAGAAGCGGAGUCAGAGGAGUCCAGGAGGUUUGAUGAGUGGAUAGGCAGACAACAGGAAAUCAUACAAGCGCAGAAGAGGUUUCUUGAAGAGUAUAAUCGCCGGUCCGAAGCUGUCUGAUUAUGUUCGCUGCCUAACUUAUGCACUAAACAAAUGUCUGCAAGACUUGCCUCUUACUCCUUGAUGUAGAGACUACAAAAAAGAAUACUGGAAGAAUAUCUAGAAGCGUCUCGUGAGAAUAACCUUUGACAGGUGAAUCAUAGAGUUUGGUCCUUCAAAGGAUCUAGCACUCUUCUGUAGAAGAGGAUUGGGUUAGUUCUCUGUCUUGAUGAAAUUUCUUACAUAGCAUUGUGUUGAAUUACGCAGAAAUUGCGUUCACAAGACGAUGCUAGAAGCUUAGUGAAGGCAUGUAUGUUGAGGGACUUAGCUUAGGGUUGGUCGAAACAAAUUCCAUGUCUGCAGUUGGAUUCGGGACAAAUCACAUUUCGGCCGCAAGUCUGAAACGUGAGUAAGUAAGGCUCAUGUCAACUUGACAAAAGCGUGGAAAAGUGGUGCUCAUCCUCUGUUCAUGUGUUAUAUUGACUAUCCUUUACAACAUGUUCAUGUGUACUAUAUGUUUUUCACAUUAAUAAUGGAAC